ACAAAACAAGACACGCGCCAGACAACUAGACAACGCGCGGCGCGAAGUUUGCAAGAUGGCGGACGCCGGCUUCGUUCAGCGCGUUCAAGAUGUCAAAAAGGCGAACGUUUUAGUUGUUGGUGCUGGCGGUAUUGGUUGCGAGUUACUCAAAGACUUAGUACUUUCUGGCUUUACCAACAUUGAGAUCAUUGACCUGGAUACGAUAGACGUGAGUAACCUGAACCGGCAAUUUCUGUUCCGGAAGGAGCACGUCGGAAAGCCAAAAGCGUUCAUUGCCAAGGAAAGCGCCAAGAGGCUUGACCCGCAUGUGAAGAUCGUAGCUCACCAUGACAGUAUUGUGAAGCCAGAGUAUGGACUCGACUUUUUCAAACGUUUCGACAUUGUCAUGAACGCUCUCGACAACAGGAGUGCGCGGAGCCAUGUGAAUCGGAUGUGUUUGGCCGCCAAAGUGCCGCUGAUCGAGAGCGGCAGCGCCGGAUACUUGGGACAAGUGACACCGAUAUUCAAAGGGCUCACUGAAUGCUACGAGUGCCAGCCGCAGCCUGCUGAAAAGACUUAUCCGGGAUGCACCAUACGCAACACGCCUUCGGAGCCGAUACAUUGUAUUGUAUGGGCGAAGCAUCUUUUCAACCAGCUUUUUGGCGAGGCAGAUCCCGACGAAGACGUAUCGCCGGACUCUACGGACCCCGAGCUCAGAGGCGAAGUGAGCUUAGACCAAAUGCUCAAACAACGCACAGACGCCACGGGCAACGUUUGCCGCGUCUCGACGCGGCUUUGGGCCACGCAGUGCGGUUACGACCCGGAGAAGCUCUUCAACAAGCUUUUCGGCGACGACAUACGAUACCUGCUCCAUAUGGAGAAGCUAUGGUCGCGCAGAAAGCCCCCAAUGCCUUUGCAGUGGGACAACUUGCCGGACACAACGGCUUGCAGCAGUGCUGACGCGACUGACUCUGGCACGCUCGAUCACCGGCGCUGGAGUUUGGACCAGUGCCGCCGAGCUUUUUGCGACUCCGUGGCAAAGCUGAAGGCGCGAGCAGUGGAGAUCAGUGAAAGCGACCAUUUAGUGUGGGACAAGGACAACGAUGAGUGCAUGGAUUUUGUGACUGCUUGCGCAAACCUCCGUGCUCACUGCUUUGGAAUUCCUCAGACUAGCAGAUUUAAUGUAAAAGCAAUGGCAGGCAACAUUAUUCCUGCCAUAGCAACAACCAACGCCAUCAUUGCAGGUAUUAUAGUGCUUCAGGCUUUCAAGCUUCUGCAAGGGAAGUUGGAAGAGUGUAGAACAAGCUGCAAACAGGUCUUCUUAAAUAAGCAGCCUUCGUCAACAAAAAAGCUUAUUAUUCCGGCUCAGCUUGUUGAGCCAAAUCCAAAGUGUUACACAUGCUCAUCAAAGGCAGAGCUCUAUGUUAGUCUUAACACAAAACAGAUGACUGUUGGCACUUUUGAGGAUAAGGUGCUCAAGGAGCAAAUAAGAAUGGCUGCACCUGACGUAGAGCUUGAUGAUGGCAAAGGCACAAUCCUCAUUUCAAGCGAGGAAGGUGAGACCGAUUCCAAUCGGGCCAUGCAUCUGGCAAGCUUAGGCGUUAUUCACGGCUCGCGGCUUCGCUGUGAUGAUUUUCUUCAAAAUUUUCAGGUUACAGUUAACAUUGUUCAUGAUGAAAAUACAGAUGGCACAGGGUUUGAAAUUGCAGGCGAUGUCUCCCAGCUGAAGCCUGAUAGUGACAUAGCAGACAGUAAUAACCAUAAUGAAGAGGAUGAAGGCAAAGGGCAACAUGGCUGCGAUGAUACUAGCGAUGACGAUCUAUGUGUCAUUGAAGAUGAUGUUGAGGAAGUUGGAAAUGAGAGAAAAAGUCUGAAACGCAAGAUGACAGACAUUGAAAACGUGGAGGUCAAAAGGUCCUGUGUUGUGAUUGACUGAUGAAGUCUGUUGUCAAAUUAUUUUGAACUGAAAGAGGUUCAAUGUGGCCAAUAUUUUUUGAAAACAUGAUGCAAGUUGCACAUCAUUGUGUUGCACAGCAAGUUCUAAAUUAUAAAUCUAUUUACCAUGCAUCAUAUUCUCUUGUACAGCAAAAAAUCAGCAGUUUGAGCCAUACUGAAGUGUAACAUUUCUUGAAUAAAUGCGACUUGUUUUAAAAUCGAGUACAUGUUGCAAUACAUUUCGGAGAGAGGAGGCUUGCGGUGUAUGUACUGCUUAUGUAAAGAAAACAUUUCCACAUUACUGCAGGCAGCCUUCCUUGCAUGUCUGAAAUCCCAUAUAUGUUUUCCUUGGGUGAAAUUUUUCCAUUGUUAAAGUUCUUGAAGGCCAAUAAUGUUCAGUCUGUUGCACUGCAUCUGGUAUAAGAGCUGUUAAGCAUGGUGCUGGGAUGCCUGCUGUUUGCUGCUUCAGCUUGACAGCCCCAUCAGCUUAAAAACAUUUUCUCUUGCUAGUAGAAUAUACAUUUAACACUGUUAACAGACACUGGCAGCUUCUGUUUUCAUAUGAUGACCAUUAUUUAGCAUUGUAUCACUUUCAGUGCAAGAUGUAGAGGGUUUUAACUUGUUCAUAAACUUCUUACCAGAGGCAGAUGGCCACUUUCUGUCACAACUGAGCCCAAUCCAGAUCAAUAUCGCAAGUGCUAUUGACUCCCUUUGGCAGCUUGUGCGAAGAAGCUAACCAAGAAAUUCAAUCCCGACAGAGCUCGAUCACGAUCAAAUGUUUGUUGCGUGACACCCAUUCAAAACUCUUCUGUCAUGCAUUGAAGACUUACAAUUUAUCAGGCCACCAAAGGCAUGGACAGCACCGCAAAGCUGGUAGCAAUGUCUUGACAUGCUUGUUCAACUGCAAUGUGUUUGGCAUGUGUUGUGUAUUGGUGUUCUCAUUGAAGGAAAAUCAUAAAAUGACUGUAUCUAAAUUUUUAUAAUGUCACUACCAAUACUUUCCACCAGCAGUUGAGCAGACUAUGAUAGCUCACUGCCAUAUUUGCUUCGUGUGCCCACAGGUUAAAAUCUGGAUCACAAGAUAUCACUACCAGUGUUGCUGCUACUGUAAAUGGCAAUAUGUUUACUGACACGCUAAAACUCUGAUAUUUUAUCUUCAGACAUUAAGAAUAUUUUUCUCUACAAGCAGUAACUGUUAACAUACUGCAUACUUUAAUCAUAUACACAUAUUUUUCUCUACAAUCAGUAACUGUUAACAUACUGCAUACUUUUACACAUAUACACAUACUUAAUAUUUGGGAGCUUGAGUGCAAUUGUAGCAGAGGUUGAAUGCAGAUGUUUCUAUGGCACGCGGAGUUGAUGCUCAUUAGCGCUUUCGUGAAACCCCUUGAAUGGUUCAGUGUUUCAAGCAAAAUGGCUUUUUUGCCUUCAGUUCCCUUCGAGUGCAAUUCCAAAAGUUUCAAGUAGCUAGAAGAAAAAGACGAACCUUGAGCAACAGCAAAACAGGCUGCUUUGGUUGUACAUAUGUAUGGCUUCUAAAUCAUGUCUGUCGAGGCUGCUGAAGGAAGCAAGAACGAAAUGUAUAUUGAGAAUAAAGCUUUAUUUUAAAAAGA